UUUUUAUUUUUGUAUUUUCUUUUUUCCUUUCACUUUUUUCAUAUAAAAAAAAAUAUGACCACAAUUGCUGCAACAACUAAUACAUCAGUUUUUCAGCAAAAGAAUGAAGAAGCUGUAAAACAGUUCAUUAUGGAUACACUGGAUAAAAACGAGCUACCAAAUGGGACACUGCAAGAUCUUUUAAAAGAUGGUAUUUUACUUUGCGAAUUAAUCAAACGAUUCUCCAAAGAACCUAUCGUAAAAAAUGAAGGUCAUACUAAAUUUGCCCAUCAAGACAAUAUAGGUCAAUUCUUAAGAGUAGCAGAAACUGUAAAUAUUUCUUUCUAGCUUUACAAAUGUAAUCAUCUGACUUCUUUUCGUGUGUAGCUUCAUAUACCCCAGUCCGAU